GUGACCAUUAAUGAAAACUUAAAUAUUUUAAGAAAAAUUGAAAAGGAAAUUGAAAGUAUUAAGAAAUUCUAUAACAGAAGCGAAGGAAAUCAAAAUACACAAGACUUCCUUAUGAAUGCUAUUCAA